AUGCCUAGAAGGAAAUCUUUAACUUAUAAGACUUAUCGCAAGAAACAACCUAAGACAAAUCGAACUGCAGACAUAAAUGCACAAAGUGGUGAGAGUACUUGUAGUAUUAGCUCUGUACUACAUCAUCAAGUAGCCCAGAAUAAGCUUGAUGAAAUUAGCAAACAAAUAAACAACAUAAAUCUGACAAACGAUAAUCCGGAUGUGAGUCAAAAAGGAAAGAAACGAAGAUAUGGAGCAGAAAUCGAAUUAUUAGAAAGAACAACGAUUCCUAAGACGAGCAGAAGGAGGAAUUCGACGGAUAAUUAUUCUACAUCAAGCAACGACUCGGACCAGACAAGAAAUGUCAAAAAAAACGCCGAACAUUCCAUUUCGAUGGAUGUGACAGGCGAUGCGGCGGGUAUUCAUAUACGUAUCGACGACUAUGUGCGACUAGCGUCGAAGGUAAUACGUGGAAGCAAAGCACAAGAUAGUGACAGCUUCCCUAUAAGAUCGAGGGGCAAGCAAUGCACAGCAAUGGCUGCUACAGCGCUGGUAUUUAGGAAAAUACACAGCGAAAAUAAUUGGAAUGGUCAAAUAAUCGACCAAAUAUUAAAUACCGGUGACGAUUUUUAUAGAAAAUCAAUCCGAAGAAGAACCCGGCUAAGGCGAGAAAUAAACUCUGAGUAUUUAAUGCCCAUAGAGUUAGCACCAAACAUGACGAUUUUAAAUCGUCGGUACGUGCUAAAUACAGAUGAAGGAGAUCAUGUUAACGGCUCCUUACGAACAAUCGACGCAGAGAUCAUUAACUUGCAUCAAGGAAUAACUAAGUUCUUCGACGAAUAUGACUCUGGCAUAUUCGUCUGCAAUAUGCUAUCCACGGCGAUAACAAAACAUAAUGAAAUGUACUACUUGUUCGACUCGCACUCUAGAGACGAAUAUGGUCGAGCACGGCCAAACGGUAAAGCAUGUAUGCUGGAGUUCGUUUCUAUGGACUUACUAGCAGAGCACAUAAUGCACGUACAUUGGCAAAACGAAACGGAAGCAAACGUGAAUAACUACUAUCGGAAUGUAUUUACAAUUGCUCCUAUAACAAUUGUACUGCAAGACAACAUAGCAGAGGACAAUGCAGUAUCACCAACGGCGUUGCUGAUGCCUCCGCCUACAGUUCCUGUUCCUCCGAAAGUUCCUGUGGCAUCAUCUAGCAAUGUACGUAUACCUGGGCGUUCAAAUACGUACUUGCUAGCCAAACGUUCCAGACAAGUGGAUACGUUCACUGUUGGUGAUAUGGUAGAACAAUGCGACCAGUGCGGCGCAAAGUUUUACAAGAAAGAAAGAAAAAUGUGCUGUAAUAAAGGAAAUGUUGUACUGCCACCGCUAGAUGAAUAUCCAUCAGUGUUAAAAGCAAAACUGCUUUCCGAUAGCUCGACUUCCAAGUUGUAUUUGAAAAACAUUAUGAAGUACAACACGCUCCUAAGUUUCGCAUCGAUUUCGUCGACUUUGCGAACUGACUUACCUCCUGGAGUCGAUGUGUUCGUAAUACAAGGCAACAUGUAUCACAAGAUGAUGCAUGUAUACCAAAACGAUACAAGACCAAGUUUCGGACAAUUGUACUUUUUGGAUUCAGGACGCGCCAACGACAUUCGCAGCGCGAAUACAAUAUUUACGGCCGAAAUGUCUGCGGAACUAAUUACCCAACUCGAUAAAGUUAUAAGGAAAGUAAAUCCAUACGCUGGUCUAUACUGCACCAUGAAAGAGGUCUAUGAAAAAGCACGAAAGAAUGCAGCACGAAACAACGCGACAGUGCCCGAAACCUCGUUGGUUUGGUUCGAUGAUUCUGGAAUCGAUAGGCGCGUCUACAAUAAACCAACAGCCAAUGAUGAAAUAGGAGCUAUAUUCGUAUCGGGGGAUGGGGAAAUCCCCGCAAAUAUCGAAUUACAGCUCUAUCUCCGACCGGAAGUUGCCGACAAUCAAACCGAUAGCAGCUUAUUAACAAUUUCACAUUUGUCACCGUUAGCCGAUCCGUUAAGUUAUGUGCUAUUGUAUCCUACUGGAGGUCGUGGUUGGUGCAAGAACAUAUCAUUAACACGCCAAAGCACUACCAGAAAACGCGUCACAUUAAGAGCUUUUUAUGCGUAUAGGUUUAUGGUUCGCGAUACAUUCAAUCCACUUUUAGAAAGUGCAAAAUUAACGCAACAAUAUAUUGUUAAUUGCUAUACGAAAAUAGAGAGCAACAACAUGUAUUAUUUACGAAUAAACCAAAAGAAGCUAAUGGUGACAAACUAUUCCGGAUUACAAGACUAUCUAGCCCAAUACGAAUCAAACUGUAAUGUCCGAAUCGGGCACCCAAUUAUUCUACCCUCCACUUACUAUGGCGGUAAGCGAUUUAUGAUGGAGUACUAUCAAGAUUGCAUGGCCAUUGUAAGUCGUUUUGGUAAACCGACGUAUUUUGUAACGAUGACGUGCAAUCCUAAAUGGCCCGAAAUAGAAAAGUUCAUGAGACCGAAUCGGUGCGCUCAAGAUAGACCAGACAUCACGGUUCGUGUAUUUCACCUAAAAUUAAAAGAGCUAAUUCACGACAUUGUCGUCAAGCAAGUUUUAGGCGAAGUGAGCACUUUCAUAUAUGUUGUGGAGUUUCAGAAAAGAGGUUUGCCACAUGCGCAUAUAUUGGUAACAAUCAGAGUAGAAGAUCGGCCUGUAGAAGCAAAUGACAUAGACAGCGUCAUAUGUGCAGAAAUUCCCGAUAUGAACACCGAACCGGAAUUGAAUGAUUUGGUGCUUAAACAUAUGAUGCAUGGACCAUGUGGUAUUAGAGAUCCAACAUGCUCAUGUAUGCGAAACGAUGAUAAUACGUGCAGCAAAAAAUAUCCAAAAGAAUUUCGCGAAACAACCAUACCGAAUAUCGGUCGCUACGCGCAGUAUCGCCGAAGAAACAACGGAAGAAAUGGAAAGGUAAAACGAGGUCAACGGAUAUACGAAGAUAUGACCAAUCAGGACGUCGUACCCUACAAUCCUUGGCUGUUGAAAAAAUACAACUGUCACCUGAAUGUAGAACUUGUGAACACUACACGUGCAUGCAAGUACAUAUUCAAGUAUAUUUCGAAGGGCUCAGAUUCUGCCGUAAUGAAUGUCGUACAAAGUACGAGAAAUACAACCGAGACAACAAAUACGACCGAUGCGGACGAUACGAACAAAAAAUAUGACGAAAUUACCGAACAUAUAGAGAGUAGAUAUCUAUCGUCCUGCGAAGCAGCAUGGCGAAUAUUCGAGUUGCCUCUAAUUGACAAAAUGCAAAAAAUUGAAAAAUUGCCUAUUCAUUUAGAGGGAGAGAGAUCCGUUGUCUUUCGAGAAGGCGAUGAACAAGCGGCAAUAGAAAAUGCCGAAGGAAAAUUUUCAAAACUCGAAGCCUACUUUAUUCUAAACCGGGAAGAUGAACAGGCGAACAACAUUAAGUAUCCCGACAUACCCAUGUAUUAUUGGUGGAAUGCCUCUGCACACAAAUGGGUACGAAGAGUUUACGAUAAAGGUAUUAUUAUCUCGAGAAUGUACACCGUUUCGCCCAAAGAAGUGGAACGCAUGCACUUGCGGAUACUACUCCUUCAUGUGGCCGGCGCCACGUCCUUCAGUGCCUUAAAAACAGUAGACGGUGUACUAUGUGCUACUUUCCAAGAGGCAGCGCGAAAUCGCCAGCUAACUGAAAAUGACGACGCGUGGAUUGCGUGCAUAGAGGAAUGCUCAAACUCAAAAAUGCCUGCACAACUACGAAGGUUGUUUGCAUAUCUUUUAUGUUACUGCAGCAUAGAAAAUGCACUGGAAUUAUGGCGUAAAUUCAAAAGGCAUUUCAUAGAAGAUUACGCGCGCAGAGGUGAGUCUGAGGAAAUCGCAGAAGUGAAAGCGCUUAGACGAGUUGACAACAUUCUGCGGUAUCUGGGAACCAGCUUAAGCGUCUACGGCAUUUCCAUACCCGAAACAAACGAACCGAUCAACCAUGACGAUGAUGAUUCUGACAACGACGGUGGAGCAGUGGCGGAUCCAGGGGGGGAUUUAGCCAUACUGUUCACACUCUCUCUAAGAGGAAAAUUUACUCAUCCCGAUACCUGCGGUAACAAAAAGAUCGAGCUCUGGUGUGACUUUUUCCGUGUUAUCGAGACCUAG